UAAAUAGCAUUAUCCCCGGUCUUAUCCAAAGAUUCUAAACCACGCCACACCACCUUACGCCUUCGAAUAAUUCAAAAACAUGACUCCUGUCUCCUCCGUCGUUUCCUUUCUCGCCCUUUUCCUCUCGCUAGUCGUCGUCGUCGUUUCCGGUGACGUCAUCAGACUACCUUCGCAAGCUUCUAAGUUCUUCCGUCCAACAGAAGACGACGGCGGUGAUUCUUCCGCCGGUACUAAGUGGGCCGUUCUCGUCGCCGGCUCUAGAGGAUACUGGAACUACAGGCAUCAGGCGGAUGUUUGUCAUGCUUACCAGCUUCUGAGGAAAGGUGGAGUGAAAGAAGAGAAUAUUGUGGUGUUCAUGUAUGAUGACAUCGCAAAGAACAAAGAGAACCCAAGACCUGGAAUCAUUAUCAACAGUCCUAAUGGAGAUGAUGUUUAUAAUGGAGUUCCCAAGGAUUACACUGGACAGGAUGUCAACGUUGAUAAUUUGUUUGCUGUAAUUCUUGGGAAUAAAACAGCACUUAAAGGAGGAAGUGGUAAGGUUGUAGAUAGUGGUCCAAACGAUCAUAUCUUCAUAUACUAUAGUGAUCAUGGUGGCCCUGGAGUGCUUGGGAUGCCAACUUCUCCGGCUCUAUAUGCAAACGAUCUAAACGAUGUACUGAAGAAAAAACAUGCUUCUGGAACAUACAAGAGCUUGGUGUUUUAUCUAGAGGCAUGUGAAUCUGGAAGCAUUUUCGAAGGUCUUUUACCAGAAGGUUUAAACGUUUACGCGACAACUGCAGCGAAUGCAGAAGAAAGUAGUUGGGGUACUUAUUGUCCUGGAGAGGAUACUAGUGUACCGUCUGAGUUUGAGACCUGUUUAGGUGACUUAUACAGUGUUGCUUGGAUGGAAGAUAGUGAUAAACACAAUUUAGGGACAGAGAGUUUGCACCAGCAAUAUGAACUGGUGAAGAAGAGGACUGCAGCUACUGCUUCGACUUCUGGUUCUCAUGUGAUGGAGUUUGGAGAUAUAGGACUAAGCAAGGAGAAGCUCGUCCUUUACUUGGGCACAAACCCAGACAACGAAAACGCCACCUUUGCCGAUAAAAAUUCACAACUCCCGCCACUUUCAAUAGUCACAAACCAGCGUGAUGCGGAUCUUGUACAUUUCUGGGAGAAGUAUAAAAAGGCACCAGAAGGUUCUUCAAGAAAAGCCGAAGCUCAGAAGCAACUCCUUGAAGCAAUGUCUCACAGACUUCACGUGGAUAGUAGCGUUCUAUUAAUUGGGAAACUCUUGUUUGGCAUUUCAGAAGGUCCUACGGUGCUAAACAAAGUAAGGCCUAAUGGAAAACCGCUUGUUGAUGACUGGGACUGCCUUAAAACACUGGUGAGAGCUUUUGAGAAGCACUGUGGAUCAUUGUCUCAGUACGGACUCAAGCACAUGAGGUCCAUUGCAAACAUAUGCAACGCUGGGAUUCAGAUGGAACAGAUGGAGGAGGCAGCCAUCCAGGCUUGUCCCACUAUCCCGACCGGUCCUUGGAGCUCCCUUCACCAAGGAUUCAGUGCUUGAUCCUCUCCCUUCUCCCCAGUAUUGUUUGUUGUAUGAUAACAUCUCCAAAUGCAUAUGUUAAUACAAGUUUCCUUUCCAGUCUCUA